AACAGUGGGGAUUCGUAGGCCCUACCAACUGACCCGGCCGAUGGGUCUAGACCUUUUAGCCGAUUCAGUAGGAGCGUCGGAUUUGUAACUGGUGCUCGGGAGGUCGUAGGUUCGAACCAGGGACCAGGAGGCUUUUUAUCUGUUUCUACUGCUCGCCUUCUGUUUCUUACACAGUCAGCAUGGAACUCGGAGGUCUGAGAACGAUCAAAACAUAUCUCGGCGCGCUCGUCCUUCUGUCGGGGACGGUCUGCCUGAUACUCCAGUCUGUCGGGCUGCGAUCGGGAAGCAUUUGGCAAGGAUUGCGGAAAGGAAGAGAUGAAAUUUACUCGUCGAUGACCCGUGGCCUGGGGCACGAUACACUCAACUCGGCUGUCAACUUCUCAACAAGGUAUGACCCUAGAUCCUCGGAUGCCAAAAGCAGCAUUUCCUGCACUCGUCACAACAACAUCGCGUUCAUCAAGGUGUACAAGUGCGGCUCCUCCACGCUGCAGUCAUUUUUCCUGCGCUACGCCCACAAACACGACCUGCUCCCAGCCCUCCCCGGCAAGGGAGACCGGCCCAACAUCGGCUGCGGGGCCGUCAUCAAGGACAAAAACAUCUUCCGGCUUCCGGGAGAUCCCAUGUGGAACAUCUUCGCGCAUCACUUCAUCUUCAACAAAACCGCCUUCGACCACUACAUGCAUCCGGAUACCCGGUUCGUCACCAUCUUAAGAGACCCCAUCGCGAGACUUAACUCGGUGUUUGACUACUUCAACAUGUGGAGAUACUUCAGGAACAUGCCUAAAACUGCCCCCAAUGGCCAGCCGCCUAUCAUGACGUAUCUACAAGACCCUAGUGAAUGGGACAAGGCGUUCAAAGGGCGUCGAGCCAGAUGCUAUGCAGGGAGGUGUGUGAAGAACUGCAUGGCUAAGGACUUGGGAUACAACAAACUGGACACGCCAGCCGAGUUUGUUAGCAAGAUCGAAGAGCAAUUCUCCACGAUAUUGAUACUCGAGCAUCUCAACCAUUCGUUAGUCCUGUUGAAGAGAAAGAUGUGUUGGUCUCUUAGCGAUAUAAUAUACGAUUUAGGCAAGAGAGAACGACAGAGAACUAAGAACACAUCUCUUCCUAUCACGGGUGAAAUGAAGGAAAAGUACAGAGAGUCUAGCGCAGUGGACCACGAGCUCUACGACCAUUUCAAUCGCUCGUUGUGGCAACAGGUUCAACUUGGAGGGUCGGAUUUCCUUCAGGAACUCAGUCACUUCCAACAGGUUCUGAAAGACGUCUUUGUUUUCUGCCACGAGCCAAAACAAACAAGACAAAAGGAUCAAAUUUUGAAUAUUACUGCGUCACAAUGGAACGAGCCUUUUGUUAUAUCUAGACGUACCUGUUAUCUCCUUAGGUGGCAGAGGCACAACUGGGACUUAGUUCUUCGCAGAAGGCUGCGUAAAUAUUUCAAAAUAAAGAAACACAAUUCUAGCCAAAAUCAUAUCCAGUUGCUUUAG